CAGAAAGGUUAUGCCGGGUGUGCCGGUGGUACCAGGACCACGCACGGUAUACGUGUCCCUGCCACAGGGCGCGCGCUGGCACCGGCGCUACGUCGGAUACCUCUAUCUGGUUUGGACGCUGAGCACAAGUGCGUGGUACCUCGCUAUCUUGGGCCCGAGCGCCACCAACGACCACUGGUGGCCCAAGUUUGCUACGCGCACGACACAAACGUUCCUAGGAGAUGUCUUUAACGCGCAGCUGCGGCUCGGACAAGCUGGCGAGUUCCCUCUCUGCUCGGACCGCUUCAGUAUCGCCAAGUCGUACUCGACACCUGCGACGUUCAUGGAUGUCGAUCCCGCAUCGCCGCGCCGCAUUUUGCAGUCGUCGGCUCUGCCAAUGGAGACUGCGAUUGCGGUGAUGCGCACCAACACGCUUAGCGCAAACAUACGCAUGUUUGCGCAGUACUGCUGGGCCGACUUGGAUCGGCGCUACGAGCUCGCGACGUCGGCCGGCCGCGCGUCGCGGUGCCAACAGCAGUACCGCAACAACGCGGGUGUGUAUCUCGAAGCCAUGUUGCGCAAUGUUCAAGCUGCGAUGUUGACCACGGACGACUUUGCCAAGCCGCUGGAGGCGACCGUCUUCCGGGGCAUCGCCGCCUCGUCAUUGGCUGGCGAGGCGUGGGUCGAUGCUCUCAUGGCGCACACGUGGCUCUCGGUGCCUGACGAAGUUGCGCACUGGCGAGAGUUCCAUCUGAGCUACUGGCAGACUCAAGUCACCAACUACUACCAGCAAGGGCUACAGGACAGUAUUCUCAUUGUCAACGCGCUCGGCCACGAGCAGCGCGUCACGAUUGCACAAAUUCCAUUUGUGCAGCGCCCAUUGUCGCAGUGGACUUUCUCAAGCGGCUACAACGGGUUCUGGAACGACCUGUGGCAGUGCGAGUACAGCAACUGCAGCCUCGUACGAGGCAUUCUGCCUGUCCUUGACAACUGGGAGAGUAUCAACUACGGCAUCAACGACAACUCGUCGGUAUUGAUUUCACUCGUGCACGGUCACAUUGGUUUGUUUGGAAAUCUGGACGUGACGCUUGUGGAGAUACCCGCAGCCCUCGCGACCUUCUUCCUUGCUAUGGCGUCGUCGGCCGUCGGUGAUUUGAGUCUCUCGAUGCUGCAAUUUGCGUCCGUCAACGACACACCCCUCUUCUUGGAAGAAACGCUCUUUCCGGUCGAGUUCACGCCUUGGACGUUCUUUAGCUGGACCAUUCUCUACGACUGGCUCCAUGGUCGCCGAGAAGUGUACCAGCUCAAUGGCAACAUCAGGUCGUUCAUGCUACCGACACGCCAGCAUGCCUCUCUGUCGCUUCCAGCCAACGAGCUCGAGAUGCCGCAGAAGGUCUGCUCGUACAUUUGGUACAUGGCACUUUACAUUACGCUUCUCCUCGGCGCCGUCGUCGCGUGCAUUUUCGUCUGUCGGGACCCGCGGUCGCGCGCCUCGAGCUAUGACCUCUUUUCCUAUAACCGCGUCGUGGGCUCGAUCUGGAUCGGACGGCCGCUGCUGCUCCUACGUGGGUGCUCGGCCCUCGCGCUUCUGAGCACGUCGCCCGUCGUCCUGAGCGAAUCGGGUGGAAUCACGAAAUUCAUUUUCGAACCGCGGUCCUUCCCAAGCGUCAUGGUCAUUGCGAGCGAGGCGACGUGGGUUUCGUACGUCCUCGUGGACUUUCUCUUGCCCACAACGGGACGCUUUGCCAGGAUCUACGCGCCGUACAGCAGCACGUUUGCGUGGUCGAUCCUUGUGCUCUGGGAAACUGCUUUGCCUUACGAAGCGAUCGCGACCGUUCGUCAUGACUGCGGCAUUGCUCAGCUCGGCCACCAAGCGCGCUGCACCGGUGGCUCGGUGGCCAUUGGCAGUUGGACCCGCUUCCUAGGUGGCUCUCUCGUGACGGUGGCCUGUGUACUGUUGCCGGUCGCCAUUGGCUGGAUGACCAAGCGACGCGAGCGAUUGGUCACGAACCACGCACUCGUGCCGGCGGCUGCCGACGUUUUCCUCUCGCACGCGCGCACCAUCUCGUCGCGUCUUGACUCGACGACGGCGAUCAUGACGGGCAUCGUUCCUUUCCGACGCAAGCUCUUUGAUAUAAAAGUCUGGCUCGUGCUCGACCGGCCGCAGCUGGUCAACAUGCUGCCCCAGAGAAUCACCAACCCUGUGACGACGACAACGUCGGCCCAUCUCGUGAACCCAACACGGUCGUACGUCGCUCUGAUUUUACGGGCAAUCGCAGGCGUGGCGUACGUUUUGUUUUCGGUCGCGGGAAGCUACACGUUUAUCUACGUGUCCGAGACGGCGAUGGCCAAUGACUUUUGCUGGGCGCCUUUGCUCCAGAUUACAUCGGUCGCACCAGAUGUAGACAUCACAAGUCGCGCGUUCGCCGACAACUCGAACGCCUACAACGGGUCAUCAACCACGGUGCAAGCUUCCGUGCUCUACGCGUCCAUGAUUCAAGACGAAGCCAACUCACUCACAAACGUCAUUGCUGGUCUGCGCUCCAUGGACGGCUGCUUGACGCCUUGGAUUGCCUCGUCCUACUGCUACCUCGACUUCAACCAGACGUGGGAGCUCGCAACCUCGGCGUAUCGUCAGGAUCAAUGUCGAGCGACAGAAACGACCAACGGCGCAGUGUACCUCGAAGGUCUGCUUCGCAACGCCAACCAUAAGGAGCUGCAGAGCUGCUGGGGCAACUCCCUCGAAGUCGGCUUCUUUCGUGAAAUCAAGGAGACGAGCGACGGUCGUCGGUGGCUCGCGUCGCUCCAAUCAGCGCGUGGGAGCGUCGCCGACGAGGUAUUGUACUGGCAACGCCACAGCAUCUCGCGCUACAGUGGUCAGUGGCAGACGUACAAGACACUUGGCGCGAUCCAGACGUUCUCGAUCCAGAACGCAAUCGGUAUUCAGUACCCAUUGACGCUGAGAUACAGCAACAGCUCGCUGCACCCUGUGACGCAGACGUCGUUCAAGAUGCAGCUACCCCUCGCGAGCUACCUCUGGCACGUGACGAGCAACGCGUCUCUUAUCGUCGGCCGAAGUCUACUGCGCCAGAGUCCGCUCUACGCGCUUGCAAACAUCACCAUAGCCUCUCUUUUGAUGGCCAAUGAGACGCUGACUGCGCCACUCGAUCCGAAUCUGGCGCUUACUCAAAGGCAGAUUGGACCCUUCGGGACCAACCUCUUGCUACGCGUGACGUGCCCAGCCGUGCUGCGGCAAUGGUACAAGCACACCCACGCCUAUCUAAUGGCGCUGGCGUCGACCAACGAAGCCACAGCGCUCGCUUUUCAGGCCAUUGGCACGCCCAUCGCGCUAUCUGUGAUUCCCAUCGAGUGGAUGUCGGUGGGAUUCUUUACCGGUGGCAGUCUCCUCUGUCCGUCGGAAGCGCCCAGCCCCGUGACCGCAGGCGCCUUUGGCUCUAGUGGUCCUUGCGCGCUCGGUGCCAUGGAAGAGCUCGACAUCUCCAACGUCAAGGCUCUUAUGGCACUCAUCGCUAUAAACACACCUACGCUCAACGCCUCUGCCAUCUGCGUACGGCAACAGGGCUCGCCCACCGCGUGCACAGCCAUGCUCACGAAUGCCGCCGCCUUUCUCAAAUCGCACGUGGCGCCCAAUGCGACGCUCGUACGCCUUGCGUCUGCAGCGCAGCGCUUUGUGACGGAGGAGGUGCAGCUCAAGCUCGUGCAGUUUACAGAGACCGGGCGUCUCCUGCAGACACCCGUCUUUGACGACGAAGGAUUCCAAGUGUUUGCGUGGAGCCAGCUCGUCGACUGGGUCCGAGGCCUGCGCGAAGUCGUCACGUUCCUCGGUGAAAAUGGCUCGGUUACGACCCUCUCGACGCUCGUGCACGCAGUCGUCUCGCCCGUGAACCCGCUCGAGGUGCCAGUCAACGUCGCCCUCUACUGCCGCUACGUGCUUUUGUACAUAACGUCGGUCCUUAUCAUCGUGGCGGUGCUAGCGCUCGCGUACCUCUGUUCUAACCGAGGGUUUCUCGAAGGCUCCAAUCUCUUUGCGCUGAACCGCGUCUUGGGUCUUGUCUGGAUCGGACGGCCGCUGCUGCUGCUUCGAGGCGCCACCGCUCUCUGCCUCCUGGCUACAGCAAGUGUCCGCUUGACGCAAACCGCCGGUCUCUACUACUUUGUGGCCGCGCCCCAAGCGUGGUACUCGACCGUCAUGGCUGCAGGCGAGACAGGCUGGCUCGUCUUUAUCCUCAACGACGCGUUCUCGGUCGUCACGCGCCAGUACACGGCUGUGUACGCGACGCAGAGCAACCUCCUCGUGUGGGCGACCACCGCGUUUUGGACGCUUCUGUCGCCCGUGACCUACUCCCUCUCGCUUCAAAACCGCUGCACAGUCGUCGCGGUGGAUGCGCAGCUCGUCUGCCACGCUGGCGUCUUUGCGAUCGGUAGCACGCGCCGCAUGGUGUCGCUCUUUGGGCUUAUUUGCGCGCUCGUGCUCGUUUGGUUUGUGGUGCAGCGACUGCGCUGGCCGCACUUGGCGCCGCUCUCGAAGCGGUCGUACCUCUUGUACGCGACCGCCCGCUACCACUUUGCGACGGACGAGUGGACGCACAAGCAGAUCUACUACAUUGACCAGACCUCGGCCGUGCUCACGGGGCUCUUGAGCCUCCGGUUUGGCCGUGUCAUUUACGUGCUCGACAUCAAGUCGUGGCGCGUCUUUGCGAUCGAUGCAACACAUGAGCUCGCAGAGGUUGCUGCCAACCCGUCGCUCUCGCACCUCCGCCACGCAAUUCCACUCAAACAUUAG